AUGACCGUCGUCGACCGCCGUGACGAGGAGACUCCCCUACUGCACGGCCAGCAGCGAGCGAAGCCGACGAAAACGCCCAUCCCAUGGGCACAACUCUCCAUCCUGCUCGUCCUGCAAUUAGCAGAGCCACUGACGAGCCAAGUCAUUUCCCCCUUCGCCCCCGACCUCAUCCGUAACAUUGGUAUCACCGGAGGGGAUGAAGCCAAGGUCGGGUAUUACGUUGGGCUCAUGCAUUCCCUCUUCUUCGCCACGCAGGCCAUGACCGUCCUGCAUUGGAGCCGUUUAUCUGACCGCGUCGGACGGAAGCCCGUUAUCAUGAUCGGUCUCUUUGGACUGUCAUUAUCCAUGUACAGCUUCGGGAUGUCGCGUACAUUCUGGGGUCUGGUAAUCAGCCGGAGUCUCAACGGAGCCUUGAACGGUAAUAUCGGCGUGCUCAAGAGCAUGAUGGCGGAAAUUACAGACUCAACAAAUAUUGCGGAUGCAUACGCAUACUUGCCACUUGCGUGGAUGACUGGCGGCACUCUAGGUCCCAUGAUCGGUGGCUCAUUAUCACGACCUCAUGAACGAUUCCCGACCUUGUUCGGGCAUAACGAAUUUAUGGCAAAAUAUCCUUAUUUCCUUGCCUGUGCUGUACCCGCGACAUUCUCAGCACUAGCCUUGUUCGUAACGCUGUUCCUCUUGAAGGAGACCGUAAAAACACCUAUCUCUCUCCGCCGCUUGCUCAACCUCCGUAAGAGCAAGGCGAAUCUCACUCUCCAAAACGUCGCGGGUGCAGACGGCCCUCGGCCAGUAGCACCCAUUGCGUCAGGCAAAACGUCAAGUUCAGAACCACUGCCGCUUCGAGCCCUGUUGAUCCCGCGUGUGAUCAUCUCCGCCGGGAAUUACGCUCUCCUUGCCGUAGUUGAUAUCAGCUACCGCAGCGUUCUCCCGGUGUGGAUGUCCACACCGAUCGCCUUGGGCGGCCUCGGAUUGUCGCCGCAGGCCAUUGGCGCAAUCCUCUCGGUGUACGGAAUUACGAACGGGACGCUGCAAAUCCUCACGUUCUCGAAGUUGACCGACCAUUUCGGCGCAAAGAGGAUUUAUGUGUAUGGGCUGAUCGCGGCUUUCCCCGUAUUCGCGUUGAUGCCCGUCAUAAACUUCGUUGCACGCGAGGAGGGUCAUAGCGUCAAUAUGUGGGCCCUCAUAGCGUUGCAGUCCUUCAUUUCCAUCCCGGUGAACUUCUGCUAUGGAAGCGUCUUCAUCUUCAUCACUGCCUCGUCACCCAACAGAGCCUCACUGGGCUCCGUGAACGGUCUCUCCCAAAUGAGCGUGUCCAUCAUGCGCGCAAUUGGCCCCGCCAUGGCCAACUCCAUCUUCUCCCUCUCCAUCGAUGAAUCACAUCACCUCUUAGGGGGCAUGUUCAUCUAUCUAUUCCUCACAUUCCUUGCCAUCAUAGCCCUGGGAGGAGCAAUGCUGCUGCCCGCGCAGGUCUGGAAAGACGAGGACUCGAGUUCAUGA